AUGCUGCACUCAAGCAAACUUCCCUCUUUCUUCCCCCAACCACAAUCCAAACCCUCUUACCAAGGCUCUCUUCCCCCAACCACAAUCCACAUUCCCCUAAGCGUCUUCGAUAAGGUCGCUUUCGAUACCCAUGUAGCACUGAUCUAUGCCUAUCGUCCCCCAACCCCAUCAAAUGUAACCCUAGAGCUAGGGCUUCAAAAGGCCUUAUCAGUAUACAGAGAGUGGGCUGGAAGGUUUGGUGAAGAUGACAAUGGCCGUCCUGUCAUUCUUCUCAAUGAUGAAGGCAUGAGGCUUGUUGAGGCAUCGGUUGAUAGCACUCUUGAUCAAGCCAUGCCACUAAAACCUUCAGAAUCCUUACUAAGCCUUCACCCAAGCUUAAAGGGAGUGGUGGAGUUGGUCCAAGUUCAGCUCACAAGGUUCUCUGGUGGCUCAUUGGUGCUGGGCUUCACGAAACACCACCGUGUGGCUGAUGGGCAGUCCACAAGCAGUUUCUUGGUUGCUUGGGGACAAGCUUGCCAAGGAAUCGAUAUUAGUCCCUUCCCUUUGCAGGAUCGGACCACCUUCUCCCGUCGAAACCCGCCUCGUUUCGAGUUUGAUCACAGAGGAGUGGAGUUUAUGAACAAGAAACUUGAUAAUGUUUAUUCUCUUGAUGAUAAUUUCAUGGAUCGACAUCAAGAUAUUGUGAGCUUCUUCAAGCCCUAUAGCACUUUUGAGAGUCUUGUUGCUCAUCUGUGGAGAGCCAUCACAAAGGUACGUGCCCUAAGUGGGUUCGAAACCACCCACGUAAAAAUUGCAGUCAAUGGCCGCACACGGUUGAACCCUAGAGUACCCAAUGAGUACUUUGGAAACCUUGUCCUCUGGGCAUUCCCAUGCGCCAAGGUGAUGAACCUUUUGGAGAAGCCAUUGCCCUAUGCAGCGAAGCUCAUCCACGACGCAGUGGCGAAGGUGAACAACAACUACUUCAAAUCAUUCAUCGACUUUACAAGCUACAAGGUGGAAGAAGAAGAUCUCAUUACCACGGCUGAUGCCGAUGCUACUGUUCUGUGCCCUAAUUUGGAGGUGGAUAGUUGGAUAAGGUUUCCAUUUUAUGACCUAGAUUUUGGAGGAGGAUGCCCUUACAUUUUCAUUCCAUCUUAUACCCCAAUCGAGGGCUGCUUGUUUCUUCUGUCAUCUUUAAUUUGGGAUGAAAGUAUAGAUGCUUUCAUACAUCUAUUCCGGGACAACUGGACCACUUUCGAGCAAAUUUGCUACUGUAUAGAGUAG